AUGCCAUCGCAUAUUCUACGAUGUGUUCAUUCGAAAAAUCGAAAUUGUUUUCUUGGUAUUAAUCCACGUACAUUCAAUAACAAUGUUCGACAUGCAUUGGAAUUUAAAGUUUCAACAGUAAGAUUAAAUUUGGGAGAUGAUCAAUAUCUUUAUUUGUCAACAUUAGCGGAUUAUACAUUAAAUGAAGGACAAUUUUCAUUAAAUGGAUUUUUUGCAAUGAAAAUUAAUGUUCAAAAAGAUCGAUUUUAUGAAAUUGAUGAACAGAAUGAAUCAAUCGAAUGUCGUAGUGUAACAUUUUGUCCAGUAUCUGUUGAUGAUUGGGAAAUUUUGCAAAAUAAUACAGAAAUAACAGAAGAAGUAUUUCUUAAUCAAAUCCGAAUACUUUCUUUACAUAUGAUUUUUCCAAUAUGGAUAUCCGGUUUAUGUAUUCUUCUUCGUGUUGUACAAAUUGAACCUUGUGAUAAUAUUCCUUUUUCUGUGAUUAGUUCAUCAACUCGUGUAACAGUUAUACCUGAAUUUCGAGAACAAUCAAUGAUUCAACCAGAUCCAACAUCAUCUUUACCUGCAAAUAUUGACAUUAAAGAUUCUCUAUCAUUAAAAAAUUUUGUUCGAUCAAUUGGUACAUUUGUCUAUUCAUCAUUACCGAAUUCUCCACUGAAAAUUUUUAAUGAAUCCGAAAAAAAGAUUAUUGAUUUACAAUCAAAAUCCAAACUUGCUUUAGUACCUGGUCGUCAUCGACGAAUCUAUCGUGUUGAAAUUGAUGAAACAACAUCAAUAAAUCCAACUAUAGCACGUAUUAAUCGUUCUGAUUGGUCAUCAAAUGAUGAUGAUGGUACUGGCUGGCCAGAUAUAUUCGUUGCGAAAAUUAAAUCAUUAACAUUAGAUUCAACAACAUCCACAUUACCUGAACAUAUAUCAAAAAUUUAUUUUCUUUUAAUACAAUUAACAAAUGAUAAUAUUUGUCGACGAAAACAUAUUAAAUUAAAUCCUAUAUUUGCUUCGAUGAAUUGUAUUCGUUCAACAGAUAAAUUAAUUGUUUGUAAUACAACACGACGACCAAGAAAUCAAACAAAAAUUGAAUUUAUAUCUAAUCAAUGGCAUGAACCAACACUUUUAUUACAACAUUAUUUUCAUAGUUGGAUUCGAAAAUAUUUAAAUAAUGAUCAACCUAUUUUAAUUACGGAUGGAUGUUUUAUUAAAUUUGAUAAUAUUUGUUACAAUAUUCAUUUGAGUAGUCAAGAUGAACCAAUAAUAAAUGAUAGUCCUAUUUAUAUAGCAAUUAAUGAAGAAACAAUUGGACAACAUACAAUUGCUGUUGAUGAGAAAAAAGAAUGGAAUUUUAAUGAAAUUGAAACAUUUCGUUCAACACCUAUUAUUGAAGAUUUUAUUAAUCAGCAAGAACCCUCAUUAGCAUUAACAAAUACUGUCGAUCGUCUUUUACAAAUUCUUGAAUUACAAUUACAAAUUGAUCUAAAAAAAUCUUCGUGGAAUGAUUAUUUAUUAAAAAAUGUGAUAAUUACAGGUCGAAGUGGUAGUGGAAAGAAAACAGUUGUUGGAGAAUGUUGUCAACGAUUAUGGAAUAAACAUUUAAUCUAUAAUAAAUUUGUUGAUUGUCUAAGUUUUAAAGGAAGAAAACUUGAUAAUAUUGUAAUUUCAAUUUCUCAAAUAAUUGAUGAAUUAGUAUUUCGUCAACCAUCAAUAUUAAUUCUUGAUCAUUUUGAUGAUCUAUUUCCUAAUGAAACAACGAUUACAGAUGCAAAUAUUAUUUUAGCUACGCAAAAAUUAUCUCUUUCUAUACGUGAAUUAUUUAAUCGUAUACAACAAAUUCAUAAACAGUUUAUUAUUAUUCCAAUUGCUAAACAAAUAACAAAUAUUCAUCGACAAUUUACGGAAGAAACACCAUUAUUCUGUUCACAAAUAUUAGCUAUUGAAUCAUUGAAUGUGACACAACGAACAUCUAUUAUUAAACAAGUAAUCGAAAAUAAAAAACAAACAAUAUCCGAAUCACUUUUACAUUCUAUUGUUAAUCGAACAGAAUCAUUUGUUAUUAAAGAUUUAUAUACAUUAAUUGAUAAUGCUUUAUUACAUUCAUGGAUGAGUUUUGAAGAUCGACAGUUAUCAAAUAUUGAUUUUGAUUAUGCAUUUGAUGAAUUUAAACCAAUCAAUGUUAAAUUACUUGAUGAUGAUACAAAAAAACCUAGUCGAACUAUAAUACAUUGGUCCGAUAUAGGUGGAAUGGAUGAUCUUAAACAAGAACUUAUUCAAACAGUUCAAUGGCGCUUUCAACAUUCAAAUUAUUUUUCAAAUGCACCUAUUCGAUUAAUAUCGGGUGUACUACUUUAUGGUCCAUCUGGUUGUGGUAAAACACUUCUCGCUCAAGCAUUAGCAAAUGAAUGUAAAGUGAAUUUUUUACAAGUUAAAGGUCCAGAAUUAUUAAAUAAAUAUGUUGGUUCAAGUGAACAAAAUAUACGAGAUUUAUUUAAUCGAGCACGAUCAGUAACACCUUGUAUUAUUCUAUUUGAUGAAUUUGAAGCACUUGUACCACGACGUGGUCGAGAUUCUGCUGGUGUUACAGAUCGAGUUGUUAAUCAAUUAUUAACAGAAUUAGAUGGUGUUGAAAGUCUUGGAGAUAUUGUUGUUAUUGCUGCAACAUCACGUCCCGAUUUAAUCGAUCCAGCUUUAUUACGUCCUGGUCGUUUAGAUAAACAUUUAUAUAUAGGUUUUCCAACAAAAUCUGAUAUAAUUUCAAUAUUAAAAAUAUGGACAAAAAAAAUUCAUUUAUCUGAUGAUAUAAAAUUUGAUGAUGAAACAAUUUUAUCACAUUGUGAAAUGUAUACAGGUGCUGAUAUAAAAGCACUUACUUAUAAUGCACAAUUAGCUGCAUUUGAUGAAUAUCAAACUAAACAAUCAAUUAUUAUUCAUAAACAUCAUUUUAUUUCAGCUAUGAAACAAACACCAUAUUCAAUACCAGUACAUAUGCGUAAUGCAAAUGAACAUUUUUAUCGAAAUUGGAGAAAACCAAUUACAAUCGAUCAACAAACAACGUCUUUAGCUUGA